AUGAUGAACAUGGAAAAGCCAGAUGAAAUAAAGGGUGCAAUUCUUCAGGAUCAUAGGCCCUUUACACUAGAGGCAGAGAUCAAGUACGUUGGGUGGCUCACCUGUAAGACUCCAGAUAAGACAAUGUCGUCGAUUAUUAUAGAGUUUACAAGGCCAGAGGACGCCAACAAGAUCAUCGAUGAGGGCCUAGGAUGGAAAAGCAAGGCCAGUGAUGAACAUUUCAAGAAACAGCGUCAUAAUGCAGAUAAAACGGACGAAAAGACAUCUUGCCCUCAUUUCAAUUUAAUGCAAACAAUCGGCAUGGAGCUCCACGAUGCCACUUUAGGGUUUGCUACUACUUGA